CAUUUCCUCUCAAAUGAGGGGGUCGCGGUGACUUGAACCCCCACCCCCUCUCCCCCAAUCCUCUUGCGCCCGCCCCGGCGGUGAUUGUUGACAAAGACGCAACAAGACCGAGUCGAGGACUUAUGUAUUAUUGGCCGUAAUAACCCGUACAAGAUCUGUGCAUGUGCAGACGCUACUCCUUCGACUUCACAAGGGUUUGGGACAGGGAGCAAGGGAUCGUGAGCGCCUUCAAAACCGUGUGGCCGAGGCGAUUCGGUAAUCGGUAGCGGUGGAACCGCAGACCCCAGAGAACGAAGAGGACGUCCCCCUCCCUGAAACCACGACCACCAUCACCGUAUUCACCGACAGAAUGAGCUCGGGUCUUGCCAUGCGUCCGUCUGACUGAAGAGCGUCCAAAGUAUUCUGUUCCGAGAGGGAGACCAGGGAACAGGAGGGGUCUAGACGGGGAUGGUGUGAGCAUAAACCGUUAGUCAGUCUGGAUCUAUCCGGGGACCCGUCGUUCCCACGGAGCCUGCGCGGCCCCAAACCGCGUCCCGAGCCCUCCAAAAUGGGGAAGUGCGAUGGGAGAUGCACGCUGGUGGUGAUAUGUUCGCUGCAGUUGGUGGCAGCAGUGCAAAGACAAGUGUUUGAUUUCCUGGGGUACCAGUGGGCUCCCAUCCUGGCCAACUUCCUCCACAUCAUGGGCGUCAUACUGGGGGUGUUUGGCACCGUGCAGUUCCGUUCCAGAUACCUCGUACUGUAUGCAGUGUGGCUGGUGCUGUGGGUGGGAUGGAACUCUUUCAUCAUCUGUUUCUACCUGGAAGUGGGACACCUGUCUCAGGACAGAGACUUCUUGAUGACAUUCAACACGUCCCUCCAUCGUUCCUGGUGGAUGGAGCAUGGCCCUGGUUGCCUUGUAACGCCGGUGUUGGACUCCCGCAUCGCCCCUGACGACCACCAUGUCAUCACAGUGUCCGGGUGCCUCCUUGACUACCAGUACAUUGAGGUGCUGAGUUCAGCCCUUCAGGUCCUAUUGGCUCUUUUUGGCUUUGUGUAUGCCUGCUAUGUGAGCAAAGUCUUCCAGGAUGACGAGGAUAGCUUCGAUUUCAUUGGUGGGUUUGACUCCUAUGGUUAUCAGCCCCCACAAAAAACUUCCCAUCUUCAACUGCAGCCUCUGUACACUGCCGGGUAGGUGUAUGUGGCACCCCCAUGAGGCCAGACGCUGAAGGUACCACAGCGGAUGGAGUCAGUUGCCAUGGAAACACUCACUGUCUGUGUCACGAUUCAACGGAGCAAUGGACUCACCUUCCAGAAAGAAAGCUGUGUGUGUGUAUCAGAGAGAGUUUGUGAGAUUGAUGUCCCUAUAUAGAAUGUAGAGAGCUC